AUGGAGGCCGCACUCACAGCCUGGUUGGGAAAUGUCCAUAAACUUGCACAGGCCGAUUGUGGUGUCCUGGCGUCUCCCUCACAGACUGCGACUCCAGCCACCAAAGAUCCUGCAAGACAGAGGACGACACAUGUGACAUCACCAAGACUCAGACAGAAUUUAUAUAAGCACAGAGGAGAUGAAGUGAAACCUCCGUCUCUGCUCCCUCUGCACCUCUUCACACUCUCUCACCUCCUCCUCCACCUCCUCCUCCACACACUCUCUCACCUCCUCCACACUCUCAGCACCUCCUCCUCCACACUCUCUCACCACCUCCUCCUCCACACUCUCUCACCUCCUCACCACACUCUCACCUCCUCACACUCUCUCACCUCCUCCACACUCUCUCACCUCCUCCACACUCUCUCACCUCCUCCUCCACACUCUCACACUCUCUCACUCUCUCUCACCUCACUCUCCUCUCACCUCCUCCACACUCUCUCACCUCUCACACUCUCUCCUCCACACUCCUCCACUCCUCUCCCCUCCUCCACACUCUCUCCCCUCCUCCACACUCUCUCCCCUCCACACCCCUCCUCCACACUCUCUCCCUCCUCCCACUCUCUCACCUCCUCCACACUCUCUCCCCUCCUCCACACUCUCUCCCCCUCUCACACUCUCUCCCCUCCUCACACUCUCUCCCCUCCUCCACACUCUCUCCCCCUCCACACUCUCUCCCUCCACACCCUCCUCCACACUCUCUCCCCUCUCCACACUCUCUCUCCCACCUCCUCACACUCUCCUCCUCACACUCUCUCCCCUCUCCACACUCUCUCACCUCCACACUCUCUCACCUCCUCCACACUCUCUCACCUCCUCACACUCUCUCACCUCCUCACACUCUCUCACCUCCUCACUCUCUCACCUCCUCACACUCACCUCCUCACACUCUCUCCCCUCCUCCACACUCUCUCCCCUCCUCCACACUCUCUCCCCUCCUCCACACUCUCUCCCCUCCUCCACACUCUCUCCCCUCCUCCACACUCUCUCCCCUCCUCCACACUCUCUCCCCUCCUCCACACUCUCUCCCCUCCUCCACACUCUCUCCCCUCCUCACUCUCGACAACUUUUUUUAUAGUGCUGAAAGGGGCGUGGCCUGAGACUACCAUGUGGGAGUACCAUGUGGGAGUGAAGCAGUAG